UGUUGUGUUUAUCGACACGGGGGAUUAAUUAGUGAUAUACGCGUCGGAAAGGCAUAUGCGCGCGCGCGCGCGCGCGCAGCCAGACGAGCCAAAAUGGCUAAUUGUCAGACUGGUUGGUGCAGCAGCGUGACGGCGACGUGACACAUAUACAUGCGCGCGCGAGCGCUCGCUCACACAAACACACACAAACGAGCAUGUACAGUGGCCAUAAUGUCAUCCCGAAGGCUGCUUCUUAGUAAUUUACAAAGGGUUCGCUCUUCCGUGAAGUACGGGUAGUGUACGGCACGCUUUUCCAGGCGAUAUCUGCCGCUUCGGACUUUGCUGUUGGCGUGUGAGGACAGGUGCCUGUGCUGGUAGACGGCAGUCACACACACCCACACACAUACGAAUAUAGGGUGCUCGCUCUGUGUGUGUGUGUGUCUCUCUUUCUCUCCGUCUCUUUUCUUCUUGCGGUGCCCUGAGACUCACCACUGAGCAGCAUGGCUUCUGGUGCAUCCUCCUUGGACAGUGCUGGGAGCAGCGAUGGUGCACUUAACAUGGAGGGGGAUAGUGGAAGUUAUGGCAGUGUUGGAAGCCCAGUUGGUGGCCCCGAAUGUCGUAGCGACUAUGACGGUUUGCAGGCUCAAUGUGAUCAGGCGAUGCAUCAGCUUCAGCUACUUAGGCAUAAGCACUCCGAUACCAUAAGACGGCUAAUAAUUAUAAGGGCUUGUAAACAGAAGUCUAUAAUAUACAGGUGUGAGAUUACUAUGAAAGAAUUGGAGUAUUAUCGGGGGCAACAUAUAGCAGUCAUGAAUCAACUAGAAGCCACAUCGCAAGAAAGCUCUUCGUUACGAGCAAAAUAUGGUGAUCUGGCAAACGACAAGCAACGAUUGGACCGGGAGGUCCAGUCACUGCAGAAAGAACUUUCAGAAUUGCAGCGCAUGCAGAACCAAGAGGUACUCGUCGCCGAUGCUACGGGCAACGAUGCUAUGAAUCAGCACUAUCUCUCCGCGUUACGAAAAUACGAAGCUGUUAAGGACGAAUACGAUUCCCUCAGGAAACGGUACGACGACCUUAUUGCGUCUCAUUCUUCCGCCGUUAAUAAGCUAGAGUUAUCGCAAGAGGAAGCAAAGAGAUUAAAGAAGCAGUACGACAGCGUUCUAGAGGAACGUAACAGCGCACUCCGCGAGCGCAACGGUUUGAAACAGCAGUGUACCGCCGCGAUUCGUCAGUGGGACAUUGCAUUAAGAGAGAGAAACGAGUAUCGUGAAGCACUCGCAAAGGUACAGCAACAGCACGAGGAAGCGGUCAAGGAGAUCAAUCAGGCGAUGAUGCUGCGUAUGAAGGCCAGCAAGGAUAUGAAACGUCUCACAGAAGAACGAAAUGCCGCCCUGCAGGAAUACAGCUUGAUCAUGGGAGAACGAGACACGGUACACAAGGAAAUUGAGAAGUUAGGUGACGAUCUCACGCAAGCGUACACAAAAGUCACGCAUUUGGAAACGCAGAAUAAGCAGCUUGUUGAGGAGAAGAAAACAUUAUCUUAUCAAAUCGAGACUCUAAAGAGAGAGAUCUCUUCCGCUUUGCAAGACAGAGACGACACCCUGAAGCUAUGCAAUGAAUUACGGCAGAAAUUCGGUGAUUACUCCGAAGGUUCUAGCAGGGACUAUAAGCAUCGUUUAGAAUUGAACUCGCUCAGUCACGAACGCGACAGUGUCAGCAAGGAGGCCGAAAAGGAGACUAACACGAGAGAUUACGCGACGCGAGACAAACAACGCAUGGAUAACUUGGAGCAAGCUAAUUUGGAGUUGGAUAAACUCAGGAAAUCCGUGGAUACUCUUCAAGCGGAGCUGGAGGAGGCCGUUCAAGAAGCCGAGGUGUCUAAAAGAAGGAGAGAUUGGGCCUUCAGCGAGCGCGACAAGAUAGUGUUGGAACGUGAAAGCAUAAGAACUCUAUGUGAUAGAUUACGGAAGGAGCGCGAUCGCGCGGUCUCUGAAUUGGCCGGUGCCCUACGCGACUCCGACGAUAUUAAGAAGCAACGAAACGAAGCGUCGAAGGAAUUGAAGGAUCUGAAGGAGAAAAUCGAGUUUGGCGACCAUGCAUUGCGAACUAGUCAGUUGGCGCAGAUUGAUGAUAGUAACGACUGGGAUAUGAUUCCAAUUCACGUCGAACCCGGUAGAAUUUGCUUGGAUUCAGAUCGUGGUGACUUGGGACUAAUCCUCGUCGGCGGCCGCGACAGCCCGUAUUAUCCGAACGAUACUGGGGUCUACGUCGCGCAGGUGACACAAGGUAGCGCUCUCGAUGGUAAACUACGGGUGAACGAUUGUAUUGUGCGAGUGAAUAAUGUUGAUUGCACGUCUGUGUCGACCCGUGUGAUCUUAGAAACUCUGCGCUCGUCCACCGUGAAUCCGGCAACAUUAAUCGUAAAGCGGCGACGAAUAACCAGGCGAUCAUUGAGAACUACACAGUUAUCGGUCGGCACAGUGCCACAUGGUAUUACUUUAGAACUUGGCAUCUACAUUUCGAAAAUAUCACCUGGGAGCUUGGCUGCUAAAGAUGGAAAUCUUGCUGUGGGAGACAGGGUAUUAAACAUUAAUAGUAAAUCCAUGGACACUAUAACUACAGCGCAUGAAGCGAUGGCUAUUCUAAACGAUGAUACUGUAGAUGUACUAACCAUCACGACAUUGAAAGGUAUUCCGGUACCCUCCGCCGCCAGCUCGGAGACGGUGGCGAUAGACGGCAGUUUUGUUGCGGAGAAACAAAAGAUGGUAAAUAGCUGUUCGCAAACUGAGCAGGAGAGAAUGAUGCUGAAAGCCUCAUCAGAUGACUACGAGAGACGAUAUCUGUCAACGAAUUUCGCUGACCGUAAUGUCUACAAGGCUGCAAAAUCUGUGAGCGGCGAGAAAUCGAGCGGAAUCAGCAAUGCUUGGGACAACUUUAGAGAAAAGAUUGACAUAGUGCGUGGUCGCAAACACAGCAAGGAGCGCGACGAUAGCAAGAAGAAGGGCCAUCGCAACUCUAGUCCGAAUACAUUUGAGCAGGAGCAGGACGCGAUAGCGGAACUGGAUUCGGUGAUCGACAGCUACCACAAGAAGGCGAGCAACAGCAACAACGGCGUGUUGAAGCGCAGCAAGCGCCGUGGCACUGAGAAGAUUGAGAAGAACGGCGGCACAUGGCCGAAGGCGCGUGGCGGACCCCUCAUACAAAAUGGGACCGUGGAGACCCCGCUACCGAGCUUCAAGACCGGACAGCUCUUUAACCAGAAGCCGUCGUUCACGCCGGCGGUGCAGUUCAAGGACAUCCCGAUCGACGGUGGCAAGAAGCCGCCGUCGACGGAGUUCGAGAGCAGCACGUCGGAGACCGGGCGACUUGGCUCCGCGCUGGCGCCAUCCGAGACUAGCAUCGAUUUUUCGGUCAAGUCCGGCGGUGCCGGCCGCGACGUCGACUCGUACUUCGCGAACAAACGGCCGCAAAAGUACACGACCGGCAGCAGUAGCGAUACGCAGGUGACCACGGAUACACUACAGCAUAAUCGCGUUCACUCGCAGCUCUAUUCAUCGGGCAUUGGUGGUUCGUCUACGUCUGCCGCGUCGACCACCAGCGGGCCGACGUCGCGACAGCAAAUGGCACCUGGUAACUUUCCAUUUCCCUCGCAUCAUCCGUACGCCGCGUCGUCGCACCUGCAUCAUCUGCAUCCGCAUCCCACUCAGCACCAGAAUUCCUUGCCCUCACGUUAUCCCUCGCCACCGUCGCUGCCGUCCGCGCAAUCAGGCGAGUCCAUAGGCCUGCCUGAUGCACGUACCUACUGUUUCGAGCCCCCGUAUAGCCCCGGACCUUCGCAGACGACCCCGACCACUUUCGGCCAUCUGCACACGCCCUCCGUAGAACUGCACUAUCAUAAGCCACGUGCACUUCCGCUCGGUAUACCCUGCGACACGUCUAUCUACGGGCAUGGAUAUGAAGGUGGCACAUUGCCAGGCCGGAAGGAAGACCAGCGCAUCCGUAUACCGUCCAACACCAGUGUCACGUCCAAGAGUAGUGUUGGCAAAUUGUCUACUGGCAGCAUAGAAAGAACUUCCGAGCGUGGCAGCCCGAUGCCGACAUUUCACGUAGAAGUGUUGAGCCCAGGCACCGGCAGCACUAGCGGGAUUGGAAGCAGCGGUGGUACUGUGAGAGGAAACAGUAGCAGCAACAAGCGCGCCAGUAUGCCAGAUUAUUGUUACUCGCAACCACGGCCAGCACCCGGAGAACUGCGCAGGGUCCAUAUAGACAAGUCCGUGGAGCCGCUGGGAAUUCAAAUCUCGUGUCUGGAGAGUGGUGGUGUGUUCGUCUCCACCGUAUAUGAGCACAGCCUGGCAUCGCAAGUCGGCUUACAAAUUGGUGAUCAGUUGUUGGAGGUUUGCGGUAUAAAUAUGCGAAGUGCGACCUAUCAACUGGCUGCUAAUGUUCUACGUCAGUGUGGUAAUUCGAUUACAAUGCUGGUGCAAUACAGCCCGGAUAAAUACACCGAGUUAGAAGGCUCGGCAUCCUCGAGUUCGUCGGAAGCCGGCGACGGAGCUGCGACCGGAAGUCGUAGCGGCUCGCCAACACCGUGCAAUAGUCCAGAAGCACCUCGAAAGAGUACAGUGGAAACGCUGGAGCCCGCUGAACCUGAACGCGACGCAACCAUCACUAUCACCACCACUGCUCCUACCAUUACCACUACUGCUGCACCUACAAUGAGCACAUUGCGCGUCGAGCACAUGCGGCCAUCCGCCUCAUUGGAGGUAAGAAGCACACAAGAGCGGGAACGCGAAAUGAGGCCCUCUGCAUCGUUGGACAUCAACAUUCGUAAACCGGAACUUCGCAGCGCUGCCACGCUGGAUCGAUUGAGUCGCGCACAGAUGAUGCGCCAAAACGCGAUGAGAAGUCCCACACAGGAAGAACAGAAUCGAAAGCCACCACCGAGUGCUGAGCCUCGGUAUUUACUGAUUGAGACCAGGAAAUGUUCGAACCUUGGUAUAUCGUUAGUGGGAGGGAACGGUGUCGGUAUCUUCGUACAUUCUGUUCAGCCAGGUUGUCUUGCUGAAGAGGCCGGUCUGUUUGCCGGAGAUAGGAUUCUGGAGUACAACGGCGUAGAUCUAAGACAAGCGACCGCCGAGCAAGCCGCGCUUGAGCUAGCUCGACCAGCGGACAAGGUGACGCUGGUCGCUCAAUACAUGCUAGAGCGAUAUAACGAAGUGAAAGACAAGCCAGGCGACAGUUUUUACGUUAAGGCGCUAUUUGACAGAACCGGCGAAGUAGGUGAUAGUCUGCAGUUACGAUUUAGUAAGGACGACAUUCUUUACGUGGAUAAUACUAUGUUCAAUGGCACACCAGGCCAUUGGCGCGCCUGGAUAGUUGAUCAGACCGGUCGUAGGCAGACUUGCGGGAUAAUUCCAAGCAAAUUUAAAGUUGAAGAAGAAUUGCUUCUACGUCGGUCUUUGGGCGACUUGGAACAAGACACUGGCAAACGCAGCAAUACUAGUGCGAGAAGAAGUUUCUUCCGUCGAAAAAAACAGCAACAACGGUCAUCCAGUAGUAGAGAUAGUUGCAAGGAAAUAUCGCAUCUUACGGGAGUCAAUCUGGGAUGGUACAGCGAUAGUGGGACGUUAAACGAAGACACUCUUCCAGCGAGUUAUCAGCGUGUCGAGAGACUCGAUUAUCCUACUCUGAGACCCGUGUUAAUCAUUGGUCCGCUCAGCGAAUGCGUGGUAACGAAACUUUUGCAAGAAUACCCGGGACAGUUCACCAGAUGUCUGGCGGAGGCGAUGCAUUGUUCGCAAUCGACUUUGGAGCAAGGAUUACGUGAUUCUCUCUAUGUGGAUUAUAGGAAAAAGGGCAGUUAUUUCGAAUGCACAACAGUGCAAGCCGUUAAAAAUAUAUGCGAGAAGGUAAUAAGCAAAUAUAUUAUUACUGAGUAA